AUGACUCCAGAUGAAAAAAAAAGAGUUGAUCGUGAUCUAUUGGAAUUAUUUAUUACCGACUAUCAGCCCUUUCGAUUAGUAGAAGAUAAAUUCAAAAAUUUUGUCAAGCAUAUUCCCGGGUACACGUUGCCCAGUAGGAAGACAAUUUCCUCUGGUAUGAUUCCAGCUUUGUAUCAACAAACAUUAAGCAGCGUCAGAGAAAUAGUUUCUAGGGACGCAAAGUCAGUGUGCUUGACAACAGACCUUUGGACCUCGUCACAGACCGAAAGUUAUAUUGGCGUAACAGCGCACUAUAUUGAUGACAAUUUUGAGCCCCAAAAAAUACUGCUAGGGUGCAAAAGCUUUAAUGAAAGCCAUACUAGCGCUAAUCUAACGAAAGCGUUAAAAAAUGUGACUGAUGAGUGGAAUUUGACUAAAAAGGUUAAUUUCGCUAUUUCAGAUAACGCUAGAAAUAUUGUAAAAGCAAUUGAAACCGAUUUAGGAUGGAAACAUUACGGGUGUUUUGCACAUUCACUCAAUUUAAUAGUUCAGUCGGCACUAAGGCCAAUAGAACAAUUAGUUGAAAAUAUUAAAAAAAUAGUGGCUCACUUUAAACGAAGCACUACUGCUACUGAUAUGCUUCUUGGAUAUCAAUUGAAAAACAUGACGGAAUGUGGUGAACCGAAACGUUUAAUUCAGCAAGUGCCAACAAGAUGGAACUCCACAUUUUUCAUGUUACGCCGAUUCCUUUUACUACAAGAGGCGUUGAAACACUGCAUGGCCCUUAUUGAGAGAGACUGGCCUAAUAUUAACACAAUGGAAUGGGAGUUAAUGGGGGAAGUGUGUACAGUCUUACAGCCUUUUGAAGAAGUCACUUCUUCUAUCAGCGGUGAUGAAUAUCUGACAGGAAGUAUGGUCAUAGUCAUGACAAACUGUCUCACAGAAAUAUGUGAUGAUUUUCUAAACAAAGAAGAGUUCGCGCUAUUUAAUCCCACAACAAAGGAAAUCGUCACUUCUUUAAAAAAUGGAUUGAAAGAAAGAUUUGUUGGCGUAGAGCACAGUAAAACUUUUGGGCUCUGUACUUUGUUAGACCCACGAUUUAAAUUAUUACUUUUUAAAAAUGAAUACGCAGUGACAGAUUUAAAACGACAUGUGCAGUCAUUAAUAAUAGGCAUGAUAACACGGGAUUCGUCCACAGACAGUACAACUCAAGUUGAAGAAAGAAGUUCUUCAGUUGUUAGUGCGUGGAAUAAAUUUGACGACUUACUGAAGAAAAGUAAGCCUCAGGGCAACGCUCUAGCGAGGGCUAUAAGAGAAUUGCAAAUGUAUAUAGAUGAUGAGAUACUGCCGAGAAAAAAUUUGGAAGGCAAAUGGAACAGUCCAUCGAAGUGGUGGCGAGACCAUAGAAUAAUUUACCCACAUUUGUCCGAAAUGUUCCGCAUGAAGUGCAACAUUGUGGCGACGUCAGUUCCUUGUGAACGAUUAUUUUCUAAAACAGGGUUGAUCAUCAACGAAAAAAGGUGUCGUCUCAAGCCCCACAAAGUUGAGGAAAUUACAUUUUUAAAUGAAAAUCUGGAUAAGAAACGAUUUGAUAAAUAA